AUGAAGCUCGAGGAUAUAAUCAAUACUGAGGAUGCAGUCUCUGCUUUGUCAGGUCUUUCUAAUGUAAUUGAUGGUGAAAUUAAUCCAAUACAGAUUGAUCAGAAUGGAAGAAACAACUACUUAAAAAGAGUAGAAAUGUUGGAUCAGUAUUUAAAACAUCCGAACAUGGAGGAAGUGGAACACUUCUUAAAGCCGUUCAAUUUCUCUACAGAUAUCCCUAAUGAUGAACUAUUAAGAAUUAUAUUAAGAUCCUUCAAUUUUCACAUUCUACAAAUAUUUGAUUUUCCAACAACACCACAAGUGUACCAAGUAAUCAAGCGAAUUGAACCAUUCCUCAUGAGCUUAUCAGUGCAGUUAUUUAAAUAUUGGUCAUUUUCUAUGCUGAUGAGCUUUAGAGUUCCUAUUAUUGAUGGAUUACAUCCACAAGAACAAGAUGGAGAUGAUUUAAAUGAAGCUGAUGAUACAGAUAUAUAUGGAAGCACCAAUCAAGGAAGUGUUAAACGCAGAAGGACUGGUCCAUCAUCACAACCAAGAGAAACAAGGUCUCAUAGUUUAAAGAGCUAUAUGGGAAUGGUUUACCCAGAAGGAGAAGUGGUCGAUUUUUCAAUUGACCAUACCAAUGAUAUUAAACUUUAUAUAUCUGAUUUGAAAGCACAAUUAGACGAUGCAAUCAUGUUCCAAUUAGAGAACAAAUAUGAAUCAGUAGUUCAAGAUAUAGUUUUAAAUAACUUGUUUGCCAAUCCAGGAGCAUGCGUAGGUAAGGCCUAUGGUCCAAGAACAGAGUAUGAUACCUUUGAAGGAAACACACUAUACAUAACGCCCGAUUUAAGAAUAAAAAUUGAUAAUGGGUAUAUCCCUAUUGAGUGUAAGAGGAAAUUCAUUAAAAAGUAUCUUGAUGAUUUCUUAAAAUCAGAAGUGCAUAGUAAACAAUCCUCGUCGUUUGUGGAGAUUUUCACACAAUGUAUCCGAGAAGCAGUUUUUUACAAAAUCAACUGCUUUUUUAUUAGUGAUUAUACCACAACAUUGUUUAUUAAAUUCAACGAUAUCGGAGACUUCGAUGGAACAAAUUUUUGUUCAUUGUUUCGUCCUAUGAAUUGUUCCAUUCUAAAUAUUAUCGAACUGGAAUAUUCAUUAAAUUUCCAUUUAUUUGUUUUAUUGAAAGAUGUUAAGAUGAAAUUUCAAGAAAAUAGAAAGAUUUGCUUAAACGUUAAGGAUAAGUUAUUCAUCACUUCAAAUGCCCGAGACACACUUAGCAAAUGUAUCUAUGACGGCAUAGAUCUUUUUUUAAAGCAGGUAUUCCAAAUAAAUAAUAUACCCAUACCUUUUUCAACUUUAAGUCAUAUAUCAGAUGAUUUACCACCACCAACUCCCUUUUUACCACCAACAAGCCCAGGAGUAUUAUUAAAUGAUUCACGACCACUAGCACCACCAAGUCCAGGAUUAUUAUUAGAUGAUUCACCAGGUAUAUCAUAUGCGUACCAAAAUUCUGCUGUGUCAGACUAUGCCAGCUAUUCAUUUGACCCGUACAUUAUGGAGGCGAUAAAAAGCUCAGGAAGGGGUAAAUAUAAUCCAAAUUUAGAGUUUAUGCAAAACAGAUUUCGGCCCGAGUUGAUGGAUGCUGCCUUAUUUCUUAAAAAGGAUGAAAAAUUUAAAAUAAUGACUAUGAAAGAUAUUCAAAAUGAUUAUAGCAUUGUUUCAUUAAUUUCAGGAAGUCGCUUCAACUCAAGAAUUCUGACCGUUCUAGAAAUUCUGAAAGGGGAUAAGGAAUAUAUUUUGAAAAUCACUGAUCCUUUGCGAUCACUGAUUUUUCCUAUAAAGGAGAGUAAUGUUGAAGAAUCUUUUAAAAGAUGCUUUAAGAUACAUUAUACUGAAGUCAGAUCACUCCUGGUAUUAGAUGGGUUAAAUAUAAGUCCUAAAAUUGAAUAUCAUGGUUGUUUACUAAAUGAGGGUAUUGACGAAUUUCAUGAACAUAUAGGUAUCAAUCUGGGCAUUUUACCUUUAAUGGGGUUUUAUAUUAUAAUGGAAAAAAUUACUGGCUGUACUUUAAAAAAUUAUGAUGGUCCUAAUAAGGAAAAACUUAGAGUUAUAGCAAAAGAUAAGAUUGGUAUCAUGCAUCAACACCAUGUAUAUCAUAAAGAUAUUCACAGUACGAAUAUUAUGAUUACAGGUGACGAUGUUCGAUACAUAGAUUUUGGUCUAUCAAUGCUCGCAGGAGAAAGAGCCGUGUGGCCAAUUGCAAAUAGGAAACCAAAAGAUAUGUCAAUACCAGCUGAGGAAUUUGAAUCUGUCGAUGAUGAUAAUGUUGACAGAGCAUUUGACUCUGAACAUCAGCCAACUUCAAAUAAAAUGAAGUCAAAAAUGAUGCACCGGGAUUUCAAAGAUAAAAAGAAACCUAAAAAUAAUUGA